GAGCCUAAACUCACCACACCGCCCUCAAUAACUACUUCAACUACAUAAUAUCUCACUCUCUCCUCCCUCAUCCCUAUCAGAAUGAUGCUGAGACUGCUGCUCCUAAUCUCUCUCCUCUCUCUAUCAGAAUCAUCAACCUGCACCAACACCUCAGACCGCGCCCUCCUCGCCAAGGCAUUCGCCUCCGUCUCCGGCUUCAAACCUUCCUGGUUCUUCAACACCACCUGCUCCAUCUCCCACAUCAAUCUCUCCUCCAGAAACCUCACCGGCGCCAUCUCAUGGAAACACCUCACAAACAUCACCCACCUCCGCGCCUUAGAUCUCUCCGCCAAUCGCCUCACCGGCUCCAUCCCACCUUCCCUAUGGCUUCUCCCCAACUUAACCCAAAUCAACCUCUCCAGCAACCGCCUCGGCGGCGCCGCCGGACUCCCUAAACCGGCCUCGCUCAACUCCUCGCCUCUCCAAAAAAUCGACCUCUCCUUUAAUAGGUUCAGAAACUUCACUUAUCUAUCCAAUUUUCCUAAUCUCACCUCUCUCAAUCUUUCCGGUAAUGAUUUUCGAGUUGCGCUUCCGUUUUGGUUCACCAACCUAACUAAUCUCGAAAAGCUCGACAUAUCCGGCUGUAAUAUUUCGGGGAGUUUAAGGCCGAUUUCUGGUCUUAAAUCCUUGAAAUACUUGGAUAUUUCCAUCAAUCGUUUUACCGGUAAUUUCCCGGCUGAUAUUCCGUCGUUAGUUAAUCUGAGUUUCUUGAACGUCUCGUUCAAUAACUUCUCGGGUUUUCUGAAUUCAAAAUACAUCGACCGAUUCGGCAAUUCCUCCUUCAUCCACGCCGGCAAUCUCACCACCACCGCCGCAGCCACCGCCCCUGACUUGCAUAUAAAGCCCACUCUCCGCCACAAACCGCCGCCGCAAAACCAAGAAAUAAACCUCGGCCCAAUCAAGAAACCGAAACCCAGAUCGAAAACUCGGAAAAGAUUCAUUCUUGCGGCGUCGGUAGCUUCAUCCAUCGCCGCCCUCGCCCUCGCCUCCGUGCUGGCGUGUUACGUGUGCAGAAAGAGGAGAAGAGCGAGGCAGAGCAAAUGGUCCAUCUCGACGCCGAUCCAAACCCCGUUCAGAAUGGAGAAAUCAGGGCCGUUUUCGUUCGAAACAGAGUCAGGGUCGUCGUGGGUUGCCGACAUCAAAGAGCCCACCUCCGCCGCCGUAGUCAUGUUCGAGAAGCCACUGAUGAACCUCACAUUCAAGGACCUCAUCGCCGCCACGUCACAUUUCGGCAAGGAGUCCCUGCUCGCGGAGGGGAGGUGUGGGCCCCUCUACCGCGCCGUGCUGCCCGGUGACAUCCACGUGGCGAUCAAGGUUCUUGAGAAUGCAAGGUGCCUCAGCCGCGACGACGCUGCCGCCAUGUUUGAAGACUUUUCGAGGCUCAAACACCCUAAUCUGCUGCCUGUCUCUGGCUACUGCAUUGCAGGUAAAGAAAAGUUGGUACUGUACGAGUUUAUGGCCAACGGCGAUCUCCACCGUUGGCUGCACGAGCUCCCAACGGGGGCGCCCAACGUGGAGGACUGGAGCGCCGACACGUGGGAAAUCCAAAGUGGGGCCCAACAAAGCAGCCCCGAGAAGAUGGAGUGGCACACGCGCCACCGCAUCGCUCUCGGGGUUGCGCGUGGGCUCGCCUACCUCCACCACGCCCGGUCGAAGCCCGUGGUGCACGGGCAUCUGGUGCCGUCGAACAUCUUGCUGGCCGAUGACCUCGAGCCGCGGAUCACCGACUUCGUGGCGAGCCAGGACCGAUCCGGGGGGUCCACCGAGGAUGAUGUGUACAGUUUUGGGGUUGUGCUGGUGGAGCUGUUGACCGGUCAACGGGGCUCGGGCGACGCGGUGGAUGGGGUGAGGAGGCUUGUGAAGGGCGGGGAGGGGGCGACCGCGCUCGACUCUAGGCUGAGGGGGUGUGGCGACUCGGUGAGUCAGAUGGUGGAGUGCCUCCGAGUCGGGUACUUGUGCACGGCGGAGUCGCCGGAGAAGAGGCCGACCAUGCAACAAGUUUUGGGCUUGCUUAAAGAUAUACAUCCGACCCCCUUGGAAAUGGUCUCAAGUCACGAUUGAAUUCAGAUGUUUAUUUUUUUUUAGAUUUGAAUUGCUAUAUUUAAUCGAGCUUUCAAUUAUUUUGGCUUGUACAUUACUCUAUUUGAUGGCUCAAGAAGAUAUUUUUCAACUCUUUUGCUAAA